AUGCCUCCAAAAAGAGGCGGAGCUACACGGGGUCGCAAGAAAACUGAGCAGGUCAAUUUAAGGACUAUUGGAUCAACCAUCAAUUCGUCACAAAUAUCAACAAAUGUAGGUGAAGAACAACAAACAACAAAAACAAAACCUAGCUUUGCAGUUGCACCACUGAUAGUUGAGACUGAAUCACUUACAAAAGUUAAAUUAAACUUUAUUAUUAAAAAUUAUUUAUCAGAUGUUAAAAUCUCCGACAUACAAACUAAUCGACCAAACUCAUUUACACUAUACCCCGAAGAUGUGAAAUCUUUCAAUAGAAUAUUAAAUGAUCUAUCAUCGACUAUUCAAGCAAAGGAAAAUCAACGUGUUGUUGUUUACAUUCCGCGUUCUAUUCAAAGAAUAUUAGAAAACAACAAAGAAGCGUUUGUCAAAAAGAUUGAUUUAGAAAUAAGUGAAGAAGAUAUUAAACAAACCCUAGAUGAUCAGGGAUACAAAUAUGAAAAAAUCACACGUUUAAUAAACAAAGAAAAUAAGCCUCUCAAAACAGUAAAAAUAACUUUUUUAGACUCUUUUAAUAGAGAUCUAUUUGUCAAACUUGGAUUACAAAUCGACUCGAUGCAUUUUAUAGUUGAAGCAGCUGCUUAUAAUAAUAAACCUUGUCAAUGUUACAAGUGUUUCAAAUAUGGACAUGUGGCAAAAUACUGUAAAUCAGAAAACCAGGUAUGUUCGAGAUGUGGUACUCAUAAUCAUAAGUAUGACAAUUGUCCCAACAGCAACCAACAACCUAUAUGUUGUAAUUGUAAAGGAGAACAUUCUGCAACAUCUACAGAUUGUCCAAAAUUCAAAGAAUAUCAACAAAAAAUUCAAAAAACCAUUGAUCAAUAUUCAUCAACAACAAAACAAAUUAAAUCAGCACAAACCUGUCCCAAUUGGAAGAAUGUUGAUGAAUUUCCAUCAUUUAAAAUCACGGAAAAAAUAGAUCAAAUAUCAAUUAUUGAAGCACUCACAGAAAAAAUAAUGCUUGUUAUUGAACAAGCAACAGAAAGAAUCUUUGAAGCUCUAAAUCGAAAGUUCGAAAUAUUGACCAAUCAACUUGGAAACAAACUUAACAUUGAAAUCGAAGAUAUAUCCAUCGAAAAAGAGGAUAAUAAACAAAAAACCUGUAACAAUUCGAAAAUAACAACAACACAAUAUCGAAUAGUACAAGAUCGACCAACAGAAGAAAUUCAAAAAAAGAAUGUAGAUCCAUCGACAAUACCUAUUAAUGGAAAUAAACGAGAAUAUAUCUCACCAAGCAGCUCAUCAGGCAAAUCAGCUAAUACAUUUGAGUAA